AUGGAGUCUGCUCAGGAUCAGCUGUGCACUUUAGCAGCGCAGUUCGCAAGUCUGGUCGGUCUAGGCGACCAUUCGGAUCUUGAGCUUCAGAGAAAUCUGGCAAUCUGCACGGCUGACGCUUUGAAACGAGAGCUAGUCCGACGCGGCGCAAUCCAGCCUGAUCAUCCACCUACCAUCUGGGAAGGAGGCCACGAACUCGACUCACUGGAACAACCAGCCAUCAACACACUGAAUCCGGCUACUGUUGAGAAUGACGAGGUUAUGCAUGACCGCCCGGACGUUGAUGAAGAAGAUGUCGAUAUGUCUGAGAAUGCAGAUCAAAUCUACGUGCGUGGGUUGUCUCAGGAGUCCUUUGCCAUCGAGCUGCACAAGCGUAUCUUGGACGCGUUUGAAGACAACAACGACAGGACAGUCAACCCUCAGUUCAAGGCCACACUUCCGAUGGUCAAGGACUUAGGACAGUUGAUAGUCAAGGCGCUGAUAACAUACUGGGACAAGGAACUUCGCCAGGCCGAAUCGGCUGUGGCUGCCGCAGGUGAAUNNCCGCCUCAGACGCUGAGCCUGGCAGGGUACUGUCACGAACCUACCUUCAAGGUGGCCGAUCUCAAUGGUACUGUGAAGAGCAUCAAGGGCAUUGUGCCGGACCAAAGAGACAUGGCAUACGCGAGACAAGGUAUGAAGUCCUGGGUCUGGCCACUCAUCGAAAAGUACUGCAUCAACACCGAGCACAGCAUGGAAGUGGAGAUUGGGAACGAAGAGCUCAUAUACAUGGCGCUGGGUGAAAAAUUCCCCAAGGGAUAUGGAGACUACAGACUUACCCAGCAGGACAUUGAGUCUCACGGCUUGCUCUAUGAACGCCCUGAACAGGACGGCAUCAACAAAGGUUAUUCCGCCAGCAGAUGGCGUAGCCGCCGCAGAAGCUACUACAAGUGCCUGGCAUGGUUACGCGAGCAAGGUCACAGCUGGUUGUUCAUGGUCAAUGUCAAGAACCUGGACUCCACCUUUGGCAAGAUCAGUGAUCCGGAAGUGACCUUGCGACCUUGGAUCGAGUUGUUUGGCUCGCUGCCGGCCGAAAUGAGUUCUCGUGCCUUCAGCCGAGCUAAGGGAUAUUACUCUGGGCGCCGCGAGAUGCUUUUGUUCGGGAACAUCCCGCAAGCUGAACGUGACUCCUGGCACGACUUCCGUGUGAUUUGGGUAGGUGAUGCUGACCUCUUUGAGACCGAUUUUGCUAACCGCCAUUUAGNNAAAUACCUUACCGAGGAGGUGGAAUUCCACGCAGACACCAGCCAUACACAGGGUAUCAAGAGACAACCCGUUGAAGAGCUCGCCAACAACGAAGUUACUUUGAAAUAUGGCUAUCGCGGAUUCCGAAACGACAAUUACUCUUGGGCAAUCACGAUCAGGGAUGAUGAAAAUGGCCUACCAAGAGCAUUCUCAACAGUGCCUAUCAAGUCAGGCGCGUUCCUCGGCUUUCUACCAGGUUACUGUCGCUUCAAUCAUGAGCUAGAUGACCGCCAGAGUGGAGAAAUGAAGGAAUUCCUCGAAUCGGCUUGGCAAGGGCUUUUCUUCGAGUCUGAGCACCGUUCCGGCCUUCUCGGUUAUGCGGAAACUACAGACUUUGGCGCUGACGGCAAUGUCAUCGGUGGUUGGGAGCAGUUCACUGACGAUCUGNGUACGGACUCGAUGCCCUGGUGCAUCGUGGCGUUCGCAUACCGUGAUAUCCCUGCUCUGACACCCCUGGUAUUCUGGAAUCAUCUCAGACAUGGAUGGCAGAAAAGGGGUACCCGAUAA